AUGGAACUAUUCGUAGCCGAUGAGCUCGAGCACAACGAGAAUAUCGAAGAUGAGGACAACUGGGACUACGGCAUCUGUUCGGACCCGACGAUCCUCUACGAGUACGGGCUGGAUGACCGCACAGACUACUCCUACACCACACGGAACCAAGGUGACUUUCUAUUCGGCUCCGACCCGUCUAUCUUCAGCCCAGAGGAUUUGAUUUGCAACCGACUUCGCAGCCCGUGCAAUGCGCCCCAGGAGACUAUCGAUCGGUGCUACGAAGCAGAGAGUGCGACACGGAACCUGUCGGGACAAGAGGCGGCUGAUGUGUGGAAUGCGAUGAUGACCUAG